AUGUGCGCGCUGAAGCAUCCUCUUCUCACUCUCAACUCUCUUAGCAUGCGCUCUGACGGCGCUCCUAACAUGCAGCCCAUCACCCCAGCCUGCCUGGACGCCGUCGACACUGGAGAAUCCAGCACACCUCUCGAUGCCUCGCAAAUACCCCCAACCACCGCACAACCGACCACCACCAAAAAACCUCGGGCUCCUCGGAAGACACCGCAAUGGCCACCACCGGCCGAUUUGCGUGGAGCGAAGUGGGCGUAUGCUCGCAACUGGUACGCGGACACCAACGGAUCACAGGCAGAGUUCAAACAACAUUACAAGUCCAUGACCCCCUCCGAUAGAAGACAAAGUGAUCCAUACGACCUCCUCUACGCUGCCCUCCCACCACAUCAAUCUCAGUCCAUGACUCUCAGACUGGUUGUCGCCUCACAUCGCCACUCGUCUGUCCUCAAGCUAGUCCUCCUGCUGCAACCCACGUACCUCCCCGGCUUUGUCUUCUCGUGGAUGAGCUUGAUCUCGCAUCGUCUCUUCAUGCCAAAGCUGCUCCCGUCCAAGAAUCGCGAGGUAGGCUCUGGCCCUGUCGACUGA